AUGCUGGCCCAACACGUCUUGCUGGGACCAAUGGAAUGGUAUCUCUGUGGUGAAGAUCCUGCCUUUGGUUUUCCAAAGCUCGAGCAAGCAAACAAACCUUCCCAUCUCUGUGGCCGCGUUUUUAAAGUGGGAGAGCCUACGUAUUCUUGCAGAGACUGUGCAGUUGACCCAACUUGUGUGCUAUGCAUGGAGUGCUUUCUUGGAAGUAUUCAUAGAGAGCACCGAUACAGGAUGACAACAUCAAGUGGAGGAGGUUUUUGUGACUGUGGUGAUACAGAAGCUUGGAAGGAAGGUCCUUACUGUCAAAAGCAUGAGCUUAACACUUCAGAGACUGCAGAAGAAGAGGAUCCUCUUGUGCAUUUACCAGAAGAUAUGGUAGCAAGAGCUUAUAAUAUUUUUGCCAUCACAUUUAAAUAUGCAGUAGAUAUAUUAACAUGGGAAAAGGAAAAUGAAUUGCCUGGACUUGAAAUGAUUGAGAAGAGUGACACUUACUACUGCAUGCUGUUUAAUGAUGAAGUCCAUACCUAUGAACAAGUUAUUUAUACACUUCAGAAGGCUGUAAACUGCACACAGAAGGAAGCCAUUGGGUUUGCAACAACAGUAGAUAGAGAUGGACGUAGGUCUGUUCGAUAUGGAGACUUUCAGUACUGUGAUCAAGCAAAAUCAGUAAUAGUGAGAAAUACCAGUCGUCAGACAAAGCCAUUGAAAGUGCAAGUUAUGCACUCAUCUAUUGUUGCCCAUCAGAGCUUUGGUCUGAGGCUCCUAACUUGGCUUGGCAGUGUUAUUGGAUAUUCAGCUGGCCUUCGCCGAAUAUUGUGUCAGGUUGGUUUGCAAGAAGGGCCAGAUGGUGAAAAUUCUUCUCUUGUGGAUAAGCUGAUGCUGUAUGAUUCUAAACUGUGGAAAGGAGCUAGAAAUGUGUAUCACCAGUUAUUCAUGAGCAGCCUGCUUAUGGAUUUGAAGUACAAGAAACUCUUCGCUAUCCGCUUUGCAAGAAAUUACCGGCAGUUGCAGAGAGAUUAUAUGGAGGAUGAUCACGAACGGGCAGUAUCGGUGGCUGCUCUGUCUGUCCAACUCUUCACUGUACCUACUCUGAACUAUGAGCGAUUGCAGAGUGAUUUUAUGAAAGAUGACCACGACAGAGAGUUCUCAAUUGCUGACCUCUCGAUACAGAUAUUCACAGUCCCUUCUCUUGCUCGAAUGCUAAUAACAGAAGAAAAUCUCAUGACCACUAUCAUCAAAACUUUCAUGGACCACUUGAGGCACCGUGACAUCCAAGGCAGGUUUCAGUUCGAACGUUACACGGCUCUGCAGGCUUUCAAAUUCAGGCGUGUUCAAAGCCUUAUUUUGGAUCUCAAGUAUGUGUUGAUAAGUAAGCCAACUGAGUGGUCAGAUGACUUGAGACAGAAGUUCCUAGAGGGUUUUGAUGCCUUCUUAGAAUUACUCAAAUGCAUGCAGGGUAUGGAUCCCAUAACUCGUCAAGUAGGUCAACACAUCGAAAUGGAGCCGGAGUGGGAAGCAGCGUUUACAUUGCAGAUGAAAUUAACACUUGUUAUUUCGAUGAUGCAGGACUGGUGUGCAUUGGAUGAGAAAGUGUUAAUUGAAGCUUACAAGAAAUGCCUGACUGUGUUGAUGCAGUGUCAUAGUGGGUUUACUGAUGGAGAACAGCCUAUUGUUCUCAGUAUGUGUGGACAUUCAGUUGAGACCAUCAGAUACUGCGUUUCUCAGGAAAAAGUUAGCAUUCAUCUCCCAGUUUCUCGUUUACUUGCAGGCUUGCAUGUUUUGCUGAGUAAAACUGAAGUGGCAUACAAGUUUCCAGAGCUGCUACCCCUGAGUGAACUGAGCCCACCUAUGUUAAUAGAACAUCCUCUGCGAUGCCUAGUCCUGUGUGCCCAAGUGCAUGCAGGGAUGUGGAGAAGAAAUGGGUUCUCUCUUGUAAAUCAGAUUUAUUACUAUCAUAACGUGAAGUGCAGGAGGGAGAUGUUUGACAAGGACAUAGUAAUGCUUCAGACAGGUGUGUCUAUGAUGGAUCCAAAUCACUUCUUGAUGAUAAUGUUGAGUCGCUUUGAACUUUAUCAGAUAUUUAGUACUCCAGACUAUGGCAAAAGAUUCAGCACAGAAAAUACUAACAAGGAUGUUGUUCAACAAAAUAACACUCUUAUAGAAGAGAUGCUAUACCUCAUUAUAAUGAUUGUUGGUGAAAGAUUCAGUCCUGGAAUAGGACAGGUAAAUGCAACAGAUGAAAUCAAACGAGAGAUCAUCCAUCAGCUGAGCAUCAGGCCAAUGGCUCACAGCGAACUGGUAAAGGCAUUACCUGAAGAUGAAAACAGAGAGACAGGGAUGGAAAGUGUGAUUGAAGAAGUGGCAUGUUUCAAGAAACCUGGAUUAACAGGCAGGGGACUGUAUGAAUUAAAACCAGAAUGUGCCAAGAGCUUCAAUCUGUAUUUCUAUCACUUUUCAAGGGCAGAGCAAUCAAAGGCAGAGGAAGCACAAAGAAAGCUGAAAAGACAGAACAGAGAAGAUACAGCACUUCCACCACCAGCGCUUCCUCCCUUCUGUCCACUUUUUGCCAGCCUGGUUAACAUUCUGCAAUCUGAUGUGAUGCUGUGCAUUAUGGGGACUAUACUGCAGUGGGCAGUAGAACACAAUGGCUAUGCCUGGUCAGAGUCCAUGCUGCAAAGGGUUUUGCAUUUGAUUGGAAUGGCACUACAAGAAGAAAAACAACAUCUGGAGAAUCUCAGUGAGGAGAAUGUUGUAACAUUUACCUUCACUCAGAAGAUAUCAAAACCAGGAGAGGCACCCAGUAAUUCCCCUAGUAUACUGGCUAUGCUAGAAACACUGCAGAAUGCACCCCAUCUGGAAGUGCACAAGGACAUGAUCAGAUGGAUAUUGAAGACUUUCAAUACUAUUAAAAAGCUAAGAGAAAGCUCUUCUUCAAGUCCUGUGGCUGAGGCAGAAGGAAAUAUCAUGGAGGAGAGUUCACGUGACAAAGACAAAGCCGAAAGGAAGCGAAAAGCUGAGAUCGCCAGACUGCGCAGGGAGAAGAUCAUGGCCCAGAUGUCUGAGAUGCAAAGGCACUUCAUUAAUGAAAACAAGGAACUCUUUCAGCAAACUCUGGAGGAGUUAGAUACUUCAACCUCUGGAGGACAUGACAAUAGCCCUAUAAUUUCAGAUUCAAAACUCACAGCCUUGGGACCAGAGCAGACGAGAGUAGCUGAACCCAGGCAGGUUGUUAUGUGUAUUUUGUGUCAGGAGGAACAAGAAGUUAAAGUGGACAGCAGGGCUAUGGUCUUGGCAGCAUUUAUUCAGAGAUCAACUGUGUUGUCUAAAAACAGAAACAAAAUGGCUCCAGACCCUGAAAAGUAUGACCCAUUAUUCAUGCACCCAGACCUGUCAUGUGGAACACACACGGGCAGCUGUGGGCAUAUUAUGCACGCUCAUUGCUGGCAAAGGUAUUUUGAUGCAGUCCAAGCAAAAGAGCAACGGAGACAACAAAGAUUACGAGUGCACACAAGUUAUGAUGUAGAAAAUGGGGAAUUCCUUUGCCCACUUUGUGAAUGCUUAAGCAACACUGUUAUUCCUCUGCUUCCUCCACCAAGAGUUUUGUUUAACAGGUUAGACUUUUCAGGCCAACCAAACAUAACUCAGUGGAUCAAAACAGUAUCCCAGCAAAUAAAAACACUGCAUUUACUUCGAAGCGAAGACUGUGCAAGCCAUUCUGGUCAUUCAGAAAAAAUGGAUCAACUGCAAUUACCUGAAGGAUUUAGACCAGAUUUCAAACCGAAGAAUCCUUAUUCUGAGAGCAUAAAAGAGAUGCUGACAACUUUUGGUACAGCAACAUACAAAGUAGGCUUGAAGGUUCAUCCAAAUGAAGAAGACCCACGUGUCCCUAUAAUGUGCUGGGGGAGCUGUGCUUACACGAUACAGACUAUAGAGCGAAUUUUAGCUGAUGAAGAUAAACCAUUAUUUGGUCAUUUACCUUGUCGACAGGAUGACUGCCUUACGUCACUCACAAGAUUUGCAGCAGCUCACUGGACAGUUUCAUCUCUUUCAGCAGUACAGGGUCACUUUUGUACUCUGUUCGCAUCACUGGUGCCUAAUGAAAAAAAUGGAAAUCUUCCUUGCAUACUUGAUAUUGACAUGUUUCAUUUACUGGUAAGCUUGGUGCUCUCCUUCCCUGCCAUACAUUGUCAGGAUUUUUCAGGGGUUAGUCUUGGCACUGGAGAUCUUCACCUGUUUCAUCUUGUCACUAUGGCACACAUAAUACAAAUUUUACUUACCUCAUCAACAGAAGAGAAUGGCAUGGAUCAAGAAAAUACUAACAGUGAAGAGGAAGUAGCUGUGCUUACACUGUAUAAAUUUCUUUGCCAGUGUACAGGAAGUGCCUUGAAAGAAAUUUCCUCAGGCUGGCACCUGUGGAGGAAUCUAAAAGCUGGAAUCAUGCCUUUCCUGAGAUGUUCUGCUUUGUUUUUUCAUUACUUAAAUGGAGUCCCAGCACCCUCAGAAAUUCAAGUAAAUGGAGCAAACCAGUUUGAACACUUAUGUAGCUAUCUUUCCUUGCCAAACAACCUCACUUGCCUUUUUCAAGAGAACAGUGAGAUUCUGAACACGUUAAUAGAAAGUUGGUGCAGUAACAAUGAAGUAAAAAGUUACCUGGAAGGCAAGAGACAUGCUAUCAGCUAUGCAAGAGAAUCCAACAAAUUAAUACACCUUCCGGACGACUACAGCUGCCUCAUUAACCAAGCAUCCAAUUUCUCGUGUCCGAAAUCAGGUGGUGAUAAAAGCAGAGCCCCAACAUUGUGCCUUGUGUGUGGGACGAUGCUGUGUUCUCAGAGUUACUGCUGUCAGACUGAACUAGAAGGGGAAGAUGUUGGAGCCUGCACUGCACAUACAUACACUUGUGGUUCUGGAGUGGGCAUAUUCCUUAGAGUACGAGAAUGUCAGGUGCUAUUUUUAGCUGGGAAAACAAAGGGCUGCUUUUAUCCUCCUCCUUAUCUUGAUGACUAUGGAGAGACAGACCAGGGACUCAGACGUGGAAAUCCCUUGCAUCUUUGCAAAGAGAGAUUUAAAAAGAUUCAAAAACUCUGGCAGCAGCACAGUAUCACAGAGGAAAUUGGACAUGCACAAGAAGCAAAUCAAACACUAGUUGGCAUUGAUUGGCAGCAUUUAUAAUGAUUAUCUGCUGAAGACUGGAACUUUAAUGAAGAUUUUUGUAAUUCAGUAAGCUUUUCAAAGGAGGGAUGAGGAAAAAAAAGUCUGAGGAAAAAAAACAACCCAAGAAACUCAGUCCUGUUAUUUAAUCUUUGUUUUACAAUGUAUUUCAUAAAGAUACCAGUUAACAUUAAUCAAGUAAACUUCUUUCUAUGUAAGCAAGUUUUAUUAGUCCUAUAAUUUGCACUGUGCUUCCUUCACAGAAAUGUCUUGGGUUAUAAACCUGGGCAAAUGAACUUAAGUUUCUGAUAAAAAAAAAAAAGAAUGACUCUUUUUGGAAGUCUGACUGAUUUUUCUUAUAAACUGCAAGAGAAAA